UGUGAUCGUGCUUUGAUCGUAGUGUGUCGUUAAAGAGUGUGUUUAGUCAUUUGUUGAUCGCAGUGUGUCGUUAAAGAUUGUGUUUAGUCAUUUGUUGAUCGCAGUGUGUCGUUAAAGAUUGUGUUUAGUCAUUUGUUGAUCGCAGUGUGUCGUUAAAGAUUGUGUUUAGUCAUUUGUUCGUCAUGCUUUGAUCGCAAUGUGCCAUUAAAGAUUGUGUUUAGUCAUUUGUUGAUCGUGCUAUGAUCAUAGUGUGCUGUUAAAUAUUGUGUUCAGUGAUUUUUUUGCCUUACACAACUACAGAACCAGCAAGUGUGACUCAUGGUUCCCAAGCAUCGAUUACAUAACAUCCUUGAUGAGUCUCUGGACAGUGCCGGACAUAGCUGUGAAUAUGUCGAAUCGUGCACACAUACACGGCUCUCGCAUACGGAGAGGAAACUUCUCAUACACAAGCCACAGAGCCUGUCAAGAUGCUACAUACCUGCCCGUUAUGUGCUGGCUGCUUGGUCCUUCCUGGGGUUUAUCAACAUGUUCACACUCCGGAUGGAUUUGAACAUAGCCCUGCUGGCUAUGGUGGACAACACUAACGGCUCGACCAAGUCGUCGAAUGGGCUGGCGAGUACAGCGGCAACGUUGGUCAACGUGUCGACAAAUGACUCUGGAAAGUUCCACUGGUCAGAGAGGAACCAGGACAUUGUCCUGAGCGCCUUCUUCUACGGCUACUGCAGCACCCAAAUUCUGGGCGGGUACCUGUCCGGAAAGUUCGGGGCCAAGAACAUCCUGGGGGUGGGGAUCCUCGUCACCUCCCUGCUCGCUCUCGUCACACCUGUGGCCGCCUUCAGGAGCUUCUACCUGCUGCUGCUCUGUCGGGUCUUGCAGGGAUUUGCACAGGGAUUGGCUCAACCAUGCAUGCACACGAUGUGGUCAAGGUGGGCUCCAGAGAGAGAAAAAAGUUUGCUGAUGACCUUUACAUAUGCAGGUUGUCAGGUGGGUACUGUGAUAGCGACAUGGGCCACAGGUUACAUGGCAGACGGCGACAUACUUGGCGGCUGGCCGCUUGUCUUCUACGUCUUCGGUGGCGCUGGUGUGCUCUGGUCCUUGAACUGGAUAUGUCUGAUACACGACAGACCUGAGACACACCCCAGGAUAUCAAAGGAGGAGAAAGAAUAUAUAGAGAAAAGUCGCCUCUCUUCAGCGCAAUUGGUAAACGUCCGCCCUCCCUGGUUGAAAGUCCUCCGGUCACCUGCCCUGCUGGCCAUUGUGGCGGCUCACUUCGCCAACGACUGGGGUUGUUUCGCCUUGACCACCUGCCUCCCCAGCUAUCUGCACCACAUUCUCAAAUUUAAUCUCAGACAGAACGGGUUCCUGUCGUCCCUGCCCUACCUAAUUCUUGUCUUCACCAACCCUCUGUCUGGUUGUCUGGCUGACGGGCUGAGGGGAAGUGGAAUGUUGAGCACAAAAAACACAAGGAAGCUGGUAAAUUCUAUAGGCCUGUUUAUCCCUGCUAUCCUGAUGUUGUGCGUGUGUUUUGUGGACACAGACCGUAACGUUAUCGUGGCCCUGCUCACAUUGGCUGUUGGUUUCAGUGGCUUCACGAUGGCGGGCUACAGCGUCAACCAUCUGGACAUAGCACCAUCCUUCGCAGGUAUACUUUUUGGUGUGACGAAUACGAUUGGCACAACCACUGGUUUCAUAGGGCCAGCUAUACUAGGGGCGUUAACCGAUGGGCAGAACAACAAACACCAGUGGAUCAUUUUUUUCUACAUCACUUCCGGUAUCUUCUUCUUCGGGGGCAUCGUGUUUCUCUUCUUCGCCCAGGGGGAGCCUCAGAACUGGGGCGCGCCGCCCGUAGAUCUCGUCUACCGACCAAUCAACGAUACUGAACAGCGCGUGCCAGCUGAAGUUCAAGGCGACUCGGAACCAGGUGACCCUGCCACAAAGGUCAAGGAGGACGAACUUGUCAAUCACAACGAGCGUGAGUGGGAAGCGUUGAUAGAGCACCGACAUUCUCGCAGAACAGCGCCUGUGAGCUCCUUCUCUCAUGUCCUCAAAUCGUUUUGAAAAUCCGUUAAAUCUUCAAACACAGUUGGAAAACAUGCCCUCAUGUCGCUUUGAUACAUGGUUAAAUCUUCUCACAAAGUCGGAAAACGUACCCUCAAAUCGUUUUGAAAAUCCUUAAAUCUUCAAACAAAGUAGGAAAACAUGUCCUUAAAUUGAUUUGAAAAUGUGUUGAAUCUUCUCACAAAGUUGGAAAACAUGCCCUCAAAUUUGUUUGUCCACAAAUCGUUUUGAUUUUUGUUUAAGUGCCUUAAAGGAUAUGAAAACAGUAAAAUGACGAAAACAAUAAAUUGACGAAAACAGUAAAAAGAUGAAAACAGUAAAAUGACGAAAACAGUAAAAUGACGAAAACAGUAAAAUGACGAAAACAGUAAAAUGACGAAAACAGUAAAAUGACGAAAGCAGUAAAAUGACGAAAGCAGUAAAAUGACGAAAACAGUAAAAGGACGAAAACAGUAAAAUGACUCGCCUAGAUAAAAAAAAUAUGUGUUCAGUUUCAGUCUGACAACAGACUCAAGAUAAUGCUCUCAAUGCUCUCAAUGAUAAGAACAAUUUUACAGUUAUAUUAAUUAUAAAAUUGUGUUGCUAAUGUAUCCUCUGCUAUUUUUUUAAUAUUCAAAAAAUAAUUGUUUAAAUUCAUAAACAUUAAAGAAAAUGUCAACAACUAUA